CUGACAGGAGGGAUCACAUUUACACAGUCGACUUCUCAUAUCCGUGUGCUGUUGCUUGGACAGAUAGCAUUCGAUUUUUCACUCUACAGGUUUUCUGCACGCUAGACUUGACAUUUUGACCAGAGGAAUUAAUUGAAAGCACCAUGGCUGUAGAAGGAGGAGCGAAAUGUAUCAAAUACCUGCUCUUUUUCUUUAAUUUCAUCUUCUGGCUGUGUGGCCUGGCCUUAAUAGUUGUGGGGGUAUUGGCUAAAGUUUCUAUCAACACCACGGCCUUCCUCAAAGGAUACUCCGGUUCUCCUCUAGUGCUCAUAGUGGUGGGAGUCAUCAUCUUCUUCAUCGCAUUCUUUGGCUGCUGUGGUGCCUGGAAGGAGAAUCAGUGCAUGAUCUCAAUGUUUGCUGUUAUUCUCUCCCUCAUCAUCAUCAUUGAAAUCGGAGCUGCCAUCGCUGGAUAUGUCUUGCGUGGAAACCUGACUGAUCUGCUGAAUAAAGGUUUUGACGUCAUGAUUGCAGGAUACAACGAAACGGAAAACCGCGACUCCCUUGAUACUAUACAGCAACAGUUCAAGUGCUGUGGAAGAAACUCCUCUAGUGAUUGGAUGAACUCAAAAUUCUUGGCUCCCAGUUCAGUCCCAGAUUCCUGCUGUAAAAACGUCACCAAGGAUUGUGGUAAAGGAGCUCUCCAAGAAACCAGCAAAAUCUACACAGAUGGAUGCCAGCCCAUUUUGGACAAAUUUCUAAAGCAAAAUAUCCUGUGGAUCGCUGUGGCAGCUCUGGUCAUUGCAUUUGUGCAGAUCACGGGCAUUGUGUUGUCCUGCAUUCUGAUGCGAGCCAUCCGCAGCGGCUAUGAGGUCAUGUGAUCACAUCUAGUUACAGCACUUCACCCAUAUUAGCAUAUCACUUAAAGCUCUUAGAGACUGUUCAGGUGUUUUUAAAACUAUUAUAUAAAUGCCAAUUAUUUCCCCCCUUGCUGUGUAAGUUGACAGUACUCAUUUUC